UGUAGAGUAGCUUCCCUUGGAUAUCUCUAAGGACGCUUCCGGAAUGCUCUGAGGUCGAGUUAGUUUUUAAUGUUUCAAGUUUAGUUUUCUUUUUAACGACAUAUUUCUAUUCUGAAUUUAGUAACAAGAUGUCGACUCCGUCUCAUGAUGACAAUGACUUUGACUUUGAUAAAUUGGAACGUGAACUGAAUGCAGCUGUGAUUGCUGAUGAACAGUACAAUCGGGAGAACGACGCCAAAUUCCGAGCUGUACAUCAAAGAGUGGCAACAUAUGAAGAGUUCAAAGACAUAGUUGCAGCGUCCCAUCUGAAACCUCUGGACAAGGGUGAUAAAAUUAACAGUCACUUUAAACAGCCGUGGAACAUGCUCGCGUCACAGGGGAAAACCGACACUCUCACCAACUCUACACCUCUCACACAGAGCAAAGAACUGAGGAUUCCGGAGACAUCACUAGUGUUCAUUCGAGAAUGGCGUCACGUACACAAGACCGUCACCGAGAGAUACGACUUUCUUCUCGCCAUCGGAGCGACGAGACUAGUGGACAUUUUCAGAGGAGAAAUCGGUUUUGGAUUACUUGGUGAUUUCCUGUUGGUGCUGUUGAACGGUACAGAAAGUGAUUCAUCGCAGGUCGUCGAAAUACUCGAGCAAUUGAGCACAACCAACAGAUUUUCAUUGACCGUGCAGUUUUUGAGUAAAACAGAAAAAGAUGAGUGUCGGAAACUGCUUGCAAAAUUAAAAGCUGACAAUGCAGAUUCUGUCGACAUUUUGGACAAGAUUGAAAAGUUGAAGGUUAUUUAUGAAGUUAAAGAAUAAAAAAAAUAUUUUAAUA